AUGGCUGAUACCGGCGAUUCGACUAGUCAACACAUAAUCCAGCCUCGGCAGAGCCAGCAAUCGCUUGCGAGGAAGCUAGCCUCUUCUUCAACAUCGACCACCCACCGUAGAAUUAAUAGUGACGAUGUCUCUCUUAGCUCAAGAUCUCAGAUCGACAACAUAUCUGGUUCCACUCGCCCUGUCUCUGUAUCAUCCGAACCGCAACAAUGGCUUCCUAUUAUGGGCGCAACUGGGCCGGCCAGUCCACCAGCAUCGACUCUAACGGUGGAUCGGCUUGGUGAGAUCGACCUAGGUCCUCAAUCAUUCGCACCAUCAAAAUUUACUCCAAGUUCUUCAUCUCAAUCAUAUCCUAAAAUGGAUAGCUUCCAAGGUCUGCCGGAUCCCUCGUCUAAAGGUCCGCGGCCCAAGCCAGCUCCGAUGCAGUUUGAAGAUGCUCCUAUGGAUUAUUACUCUCCCCCUGGAUCCUCCCACACGACGUUCUCCCCUCGUGGUCGAUUUCAGCAUAGUCGCACGAGUUCCCGCGCACAUCUCCUAGCAACGCCUAGCACGACGACGUGGAGGAGUCCGCGAACCCCACCGCCCUACUCGGCCGUGAUCCCCCCGGCUAGGAAGUGGUGGCACUGGCGGCCGGUAUGGUCCAUGUAUCUGGCAUUCUUCUUUGGCGUAGCUUGCGCGGUCGGCCACCAUAUCUUUUAUAAGACCCUAGAUGGAAAGCCGGCUAACGCCCAGAUCACCAUGCUUCGGUACGGGACGAUUCUAUCGUUUUUAGCCAAAGCCGGCCUUGUAGCAGCCAUAGUCAUUGCGUUCAAACAGCGCAUAUGGACUACGGUAAGGAGCAAGUUCCUCAGCGUGGCGGCCUUGGAUUCCCUAUUUGCCGCAACAGAGGACAUGUCGGCCCUGUUCAACGCUGAAGUCUACCAGCGAGCCAAGAUCGCCAUGGUCUUGGCGAUGUUCGUCUGGCUCACGCCUAUCAUGAUCAUAUUGACGAGUAAUACCUUGACGGUGAGACUGGUUUUGCGGACAGACAACACGACAUGCCCCGGCAUCCGAACUCUGAACUUUACGCGGGACGAACUCGAGGAAUGGAGAACUCCUACCAAGAUCAAAGGUUUAUAUGGAAAAUCUUUGUCACUAUGGAAUACGACAAGCUUGGAUACCAAUUCGCCGGACUGGUUCGACUAUUAUACCGGUCCCACCAACCCCUUAAUUCGAGUUGCGACUCAGGCGGCCUUUAUGGGACAACCAAUUGGGAAAACAGGCGCCGAUAUCGACAUCUGCGGUUCUGGGUGGAAUUGUUCCUACACGAUCAAUUUUACGGCACCUGCGUACGAGUGUUCCGAGCUAGCGAGCGGCGUCGGCUCCAAGGUCAAGUCGCUCGGUAUGCAGAAACCGCCGGAUGGCUUCAACACUACACUCCUGGUCCCCGAAGGUAACUAUAGCUACUAUGCCUUUACGAACGGUGGUGACUAUGCUUCCCCACAAAUGAACGAGACUGGACAAGCCGGUAUUCCGAAAACCCAGCCUCCGUUUCCGAAAACGUUAGGAGCGUUCCGUACAGAACCAGCCAUCUGGGUGGGAUAUUCCGUAAUCUCUAAUCCGAACGAAGCCGUACCUCUCAACAACUCGUUUCCAAAUUGGAACGGAUCCUUCGUUCCCAAAGUCAUCGGGUGCGAGCACUAUGAGGCCCAUUAUACUGUCUUGUUCAACUGGAUUGGCGGCCGGCAGUUCACGAAUGUGACGGAGCGUAAGCUCCUGGGUCGUGUCAUGGACACAACCUGGAUCCAAGGCGAAGAUGCGAACGACGGCACGAACGACAACACAACGGCGACCCCAAAGAGCAACUAUGUCUACCCGAGAGAUCUUCGCCGUUAUAGGCGAGUGGCGGCGUACCAUGCGAUGGGCACGCAGCUACGGGGCUUUCUAGAAGGCACGAUCGACUCACAUCAAGUCAAUAACCCGAUCGAGAACACGAAGGCGGACCAAACAGCGCUGGUGAACCAGACGCAGGACAGCUUUCCGUCGUCGAAUCUCCUGGAGUCGAUACCGGCGCUAUACGAGGACAUGAUACUGUCCAUGUUUUCCGACCAACAGUUCGUGAGCGUGGUGUGGGCGGCCAAGCCGGGCGAGAGCUCCGGAACAGCCGCGGGAGACGAGUCGACCAGAUAUCCGUGUAUGAGGUCCCGGUUGGAGAAUGUCUACGACUACCACGAGCGAGACUUAUGGAUCGUGUACAGCCUCACGAUCUUAUUAGCCAUCGUGGGGAUGGUGCUAGGCACGCUAGCGAUAUUGGAAAAUGAGUGGGUGCUGCGGAGCACCCGUUUUUCGAGCAUCGUGGCGGCGACGCGUGGGCCGGCGCUAGAGAAGCUGGGUUGGAUCGGAGGGGACGAUAGGGGCGACCUACCACGGGACGUGAAAAAUCUCAGGGUUGGCUACGGGAUUGUCCAUCGCGCGAGCGGCCUCGGCGUUUUACAGGAGCAGGCGGGAUACAACGAAAGAAUAGUUUGGGACGGUGGGGAUGUGCGUUACGGCUUCGGAUUGGAAGGCGAUGUCCGGCAACCGAGAAGUCAGACGAGGAGAGAGGAUAGCGCGUUCCAACAGAGCUAA